GGUGAGCUACCUGCGGGACGGACACGGCACGCCCCUUGGCAGGUGGAACAAAUAGCGGACCUCUCUGCCGUGUCUUCCUUCAUCCAUGUAUCUAUUCUUGUGUGCGCCAGGUCAUGCGCUGAGAGCUGCGGGAUUUGGUGAAUGUUCAGAAGAAAGAGGGCUGGAUCAUUUUGUCUGUGAGGCAUUAUGAUACUGGACUCAGUGGAAUGUGAGUUGUGAGGUUGGUGCUGUGAAUCCAACAUGGAGGUGAAGAAGGAUGGAGGAGGAGGAGAGCCGUGGUCUUCUCCAGGAGCCUCCUCUGCUCCCUCCAGCUCUGCCUGCUGCAGAAGCACCCUGAUAGCCUUCCUCCUCUUCUUCCUCGUCAUCGGGGUCUUUGUAGGGCUGCUUAUUGCCUACCUGGUGCAGGAGCAGCAUUAUUUCAUGGAGACAGUGGAGCUGAAAGGUCUGAAGUAUGAUCCAGUUCUGCAGGAUGAGAACUCUGGUUACUCCAUAGUACUGACCUCAGUUUUAAAGUCCAAGAUUAAAAAUGUCUUCACUGCCUCAUCGAUAUCACAUCACUACGUUGAUUGGAGUAUUGUUGCCUAUGGUAACAUUAAUGGUGACGUGAUGGCAACAUUCAGACUGGUCUUCAGGGUGUCCAAGAUCCAGCAGUAUUCAGACAACUUCAUUCAGGACUUGUUGAGAGCGGGGCUCAGCUCAGUAAUGCAUGGGAAACCACUGGAGGUGCCAGAAUUUGGAGAGAUCAACGCUAUCAUCUUACUGGGAGCCAGUGGGAAGUCGUUUUAUGCUAUCGGAGAUGAGAUGAUAGCCAGGUGUCCUGACAACACCUUCACUUGUGACAAUGGAGAAUGUGUCACCAAAUUGAAUCCAGAGUGUGACUUUGUCCCCGACUGUGCUGAUGGAUCUGAUGAAGCUCGUUGUGCCUGUGGUAUACGUCCCGCUAUGGGGAGUCGAGUGGUGGGUGGUGAGGAUGCUCGGCAAGGGGAGCUGCCAUGGCAGGUCAGUCUGAGGUACCAUGGACGCCACACCUGUGGAGCCUCCAUCAUCAGUGAACGCUGGCUGGUCAGUGCAGCUCACUGCUUUGAGAGGGACAACGACCCCACAGAGUGGACGGCCCUGGUCGGGGCCAGACUAGUGAGCGGCGAGGAGUCCGAGUCCACAACGAUUAACAUCAAGUCGCUGGUCGUGUCUCCAGACUACAACCCAAUGACCACUGACAAUGACGUUACUGUGCUGGAGCUGGAGACCCCUCUCACCUUCAGCUCUUACAUCCAGCCUGUCUGUCUGCCCUCCACGUCUCAUGUGUUUGCCCCCGGACAGAGCUGCGUGGUGUCAGGGUGGGGCGCACUUCACCAGUACAACCCGGCGGUGCCUCCCAUACUGCAGAAGGCGGUGGUGAAAAUCAUCGACUCCAAGGUGUGCAAUAAAUCCUCCGUGUACAGAGGAGCUGUUUCUCACAACAUGAUGUGUGCCGGAUUCCUGCAGGGCAAGGUGGACUCGUGUCAGGGUGACUCUGGAGGGCCUCUGGUGUGUGAGGGGGCCCCAGGGAGGUUUUUCCUGGCUGGGGUGGUGAGUUGGGGUGUGGGCUGUGCCCAGAUCAACAGACCUGGGGUUUAUUCCCGCGUCACCAGGCUUCGCAACUGGAUUCUAAGCCACACAGAUCCCAGUUUGGUCCAUGAUUACACCCUUUAUGCUCCCACCGUGCCAGUUACUGUGACGGGAGGAAGCUUUCAGAAUCCGCCAGUACCCAGGACCAUAGCCAUGGAUGUGUCCUCUGCACCAACACUACCUGUCUUGAACUGCACUGGAAACUUCCAGUGUAGCACCACCUCCUGCAUCAGCAAGGUCAACCCAGAGUGUGACGGAGUCCCAGACUGCCCCAACCAGGCUGAUGAAAGAAACUGUGACUGCGGCGUACGUCCUGCGUUAGGCUCCCAAAGGAUCGUGGGUGGAGUAACAGCUCGAAGGGGGGAGUGGCCUUGGAUUGGCAGUCUCCAGUACCAGAGACUGCACCGCUGUGGCGCCACACUCAUUCACAACAAAUGGUUACUCACAGCGGCACACUGCUUCAAAAGUGACCCGAGUCCAACUCACUGGGCUGUGAGCCUAGGAUCGGUGCUGCGCUCUGGGGUAGGAGCCCUGGUCAUCCCCAUCCAGAGGGUCGUCAUCCACCCAGCCUUCAAUGACACCAACAUGGACCAUGAUGUGGCUCUGCUGGAGCUGGCAGUCCAGGCCCCCAUGUCCUACACCAUCCAGUCCGUCUGUCUCCCCUCACCAGUGCACCGCUUCCUCAAGAAUGCAGAGUGCUACAUCACAGGCUGGGGAUCCAUGAGGGAAGGAGGUUCGUUGACCAACCUGCUGCAGAAAGCUGCAGUGAACAUCAUCGACCAGGCAGACUGUCAGCAGUCGUAUGGAAACGUGCUGACUCCUAACAUGAUGUGUGCUGGUUCCAUGGAGGGAGGCAGGGACACCUGUUUGGGAGACUCUGGGGGGCCGCUGACCUGUCGUGAGCUCUCUGGCCAGUGGUUUAUUGCUGGAGUGACCAGCUGGGGACAUGGAUGUGGGCGAAUUGGUUUUCCGGGGGUUUACACGCGUGUGACGUCUGUCAGAAAAUGGAUAUCUACACACCUGCCUUUUUGAAGAGGCUAAAAAGGACCUGAACCUGCUAAACGUACACACUGGAUUUUCCUGACACAUCUCCAGAACAAUUGUACUGUACAAGGACCAAAGUUAAAAGCCACACAUAUACAGUAGUCUCCACAGUGUUGACCUGUGUGAACUACUGGUCAUAGGUGCUGUUUCUAAUACUGUGCAAUCAUCUGAACUGGGAUCAUCGUUUUUCAUAAUGUACUGAAGAAAUAAGGAGAAUACUGGACUGUGGCUUAUGGACAUUCUACUAGCACAUGCAUGAUUUAAAGUAUUUAUUUCAGUUAUUUAUUGUCCUGACUGGUAAACUUACUGUACAUGGUGUAUUUUUUCAUGUUGUGUGGGGUUCAGAAUAUAUGUGGUUCAUUUACGGGGACAUUUUCUUGUCUUUUUUUUAUAUCUAUUCUUGGAAAAUGGCAAAGAUGCAAUGUGAAACUGUUACUGAAAGGUGGGUUUUCUGGAAAAAAUAUAGUUCUGUGUGGGAAAAAAAAGGUGCUGGAAUUUUAACUUGAGUUUGGUGAACUCGUAGUGAUGUUUCGUUGGUAGAUACACACUCUUUUAGAUGACAGACACGAGAGAGGACUCUGAUUGACAAGAUUUAUUGAUUUAUCAUGAAAAUCAUCACUGCAAAUAAUGUUCACAAGCUUCUGUGGCUCUUACUUCCCCUACAUAAACUCAGCAGGAUAGAGAGAAAAAAAAAGACUGUGGUUCCCAGACUUCUGACAAACUGUGCACAUAAAGCUGAGAAAGGUUCAGUACCUCGCGUACAGCAAGGCAGACCCUGCUGAAACAAGCCCACUACUGUGGAGGGCGGCAGAUAGAGUGACAACUAGAAAACAGGUCAGACAAAACAGUUUUGUUCCCCGGGCGUACUUUGAUAUAGGACUGUUUGGAGGCUUGUGAAUGUCAGGUUCACCGUCGUGAAAACACCAAGUUGCUCCACAAGUCUUCCUUUUGAAUUUAAGUAGGUCUUUCAGAGUAAAAGCAUGUUAAGGAGAGCCUGUGUCGUCCCUUAGGGGCUUCAGUCGUGCUGCUUAUUUUCUGGGCACAAAUGUUUAGUCUCGCUCUGAGAAUAGACACAAUGAAAAGAAUGGGCAACAAACAUGGGCACACUGCUGACAGUGGUGAGACUCAAGUCCUGCUGACAGGUGUCCCAGUUAUACAGGCUUUUUAAACACAAGACACAUUCACCCGUAAUUUGAUGGCUGAAAGGUGUCAGUGUUUCCAUUGUUGCCACACUGGAUACACACUGGUAUAAUUACUCCAAAAACAAAA